AUGCCCAAGUCUCAACGGAGGACACAGAAAGUGGUACCCGGGCUAGGCCAGCAUUAUUCUAGCCCGAAAAAGGCAGCACCUCGACAUGCUAUCUUUGUUCGACCCCUUGGCCACGAAGUCAAGAAACAACGUCUUACGGACGAACUUAACAAACUUUUAGGAAAAUCUGCCCCCACCCCAAUCACACCAACCUCGCCCAAGUCCCGUGCCGAUGCGUUGGACACUGAGGCCACUCUGGAUGCCGACACCGAUGCUCUGGACAAUUUCGCAGCCAUGGACAUAGACCCUCCCGCUCCUUGUGCUUCCCCUCCACCCCCAGCAAAGUCGAAGGGGGACAAUUCCACUGUCAUCAAGCUAUACACUUCCUGGGCAAGCCUGUUGCCAACUCUGGUUGACCCCCUCCUCAGAUACGAGCGCAAGUCAGUCAGUAAACCGUUGGUCUCACCCUCAAGAAUCCCGCCCGCCUGCGUAAGUAUUCCAGCCAACUGUGAGCUCAAGACAUUCAACAUCCUUUGCUUAUUUCAAGACCACUUCCGCACGAUGGAAGUUCAAGGAUGUAAAUGCCAAACCAUCCCACAACGACUCGUUUCCCAUGGCCUAUUCCCUACGUCCCCCUCGCAGCCACGAAUGGCUGUCUCGAUCGAUCUUCUCAAUUUCUUCCACGCACUCUUCGAGGAAUCUUGCGAUGCGGUGCAUGCAAUGUCUCAUGCCUUGAAGAAGUACUACCUUCUUCGGGGUUAUGCUCUUACAAGUAAGCAAACGGGGGACGAAGUGAAGGAGCCCUUUCGAAGAAGCCUUGGGUGUGCCAUGCAGUGGCAUGAUACACUUCGCCUACUCGUGGAGAGGCGAGUCGAAACCGCGGUCAACGUCAUGAUCGAUGCAGCACGAAAUCCAGCCAUCAACACGAGGCUCGAGCCACUUGAAACUUCGGAAUUUCUGAGCCAAGAACCGCCAGCAAUCAAGCCUGCAUGCGACCAGCCCCCCCUGCAUCCUGGUGAUCGAUGCGCAAGGAAACUGCAGACUCGAUGUCCUGCCUGCUUUGGAGGAGAUAUGUUCGGUAUUCCAUUCACAGAUGGUGGCGACUUUCAUGUGGCGGUUGAUGGGAACUUCCAUCAUCGGCACCGACGCAGCGCUGGCGACAGUGCCAGGUUCCACAAACCAGAAUACUUCCUCUCGAAGGAACAAGUCGACAAAGUCGGUGUGCACAUCUCCAAGGUCCGAAAGUCAAAGCCAAAGGAAACACAGCCCGUCGUUCCCAACGAGGCCAUCGAUCAAUGUAAGCAGUCUCACGAUGCCGCCAAUGAUAACAAGGCAAAGUCCAACGAAGAACAAUUCGAUGAUCAUGGGAUCAGUGCCCUUGUCUGUCGCCAUGGAGCACCGCUUUUCACCGCCAAUAUCGAUACACCCGGUGAGCAGCAGAAGUACGCUGUUGCACUCAUACAGCACUUCUUUCAGCACAUUCCUGGCAAUUCCACUGUUCUUGUUCUGUACGAUGUAGGUUGCGUUUUAAACCGAUCGUUGGAAUUGUACGACAUCCUUCCCCCUGAUAUCACAACACGACUCGCAUUCACUACAAGUGCUAUGCACGCCUAUGCGCAUCAGUGGUCCUGUCAGCUCGUGUACAAUCCGCGGCUUCGGGAGGGUGUUGGGCUUACUGAUGGCGAGGGCGUAGAACGCCUGUGGUCGAGGCUUCGCAAGCUCAUCGGGAUCACUCGAACAUCAGGAAGAUCUCGCCGCAUAUGGCUUGUCGACCGCCAGCUCGAUAGCAUUGGAUCGUCGCACCGGGAAGGCCUCGGUGACUGGCUCACAAGACGCAAUACCUUCGCGCAAAGGGAAUUGGCGGCAAAUAAGACAGUGAUACGGAAUACUGGCUUUUCUACCAACGAGCUACGCUGCGAGUGGAGUCUACAACGAAAAGCACAGUUGUCUCUCGACAGUAUCCUCAACCUUCAGUCGGAGCUGGACUCACUAGAUACCACCAUUGAAGCCACGAAAAGGGCCUUGAGUAAGGGCACGACCCCACUGGCCUCCACCCUCCUUCCUGAAUUAUCGAUCACUGGAGACAGGCUCCGGACACAGGCGGAUCGAAUAUACGACACUCUCAAUGUCCAAAACCGAUUCCCAGAGCUUAGGCAAUGCAGCCUUGAGUUUGUCCGGAUACUCCUUGUCUUGCGAGACCUGAAGAUUAACAUACGGAAACGCGCCAUCGGUAGUUUCUUCGAAUGGGACAAACUUGACCAAGCCGUGGGUGGACGACAACAGUCGAUAGGCAUGCCAUCAAGGACAAAACUACAUCAACGUACAAGGAAUGCCAUCACCAAGCGAAGGCCAGCGUUACUUACGGCAAUCAAUAAGUUCAACUCGCUGUGCGGUACCCUCGAGAAAUUGCACGAUCCCACAUGGUUGGUGCCACUCCCUAAACCCCUUCCAACGCAGCUGAGUGGCCUCCGGGACGCCCAAGAGCUUAUGGAGGAUGUGUGGAUCACACCGUCCGAAUCUACGGUGCCACGUUGGCUCGAAAAUGUCGACAUUCGCAAUGGGAUUCGUGCCAUGCAAAAGGUCGACCGCUGCACAGAAGAGGCCGUCCGACUGUGCCGCGAGGCCAACAACAUGUGUCUCUGGUUUGCCGCAGAAGCAACAGCGGUGCGGCAGGCUUUAGCUGCACCUCGGAACAAGAACCUUUCAUUGCGGCUAGAACAAUAUCUUACCUCUGUUGAACGCCUUGAGGCCCGAUGGUCAUGUACCCUCAUUACCCGCAAGCGCCUUCAGGGAAUACUUGAGCAGUCGACAAAUGUACAUUCAAGUCCCUCAAAUCGAGAGACAUGUACGACAUCAAUCAACUACUUGUUGGAGGCCGACGAUCCCGAUGACGACGACACACCUGCCGAUGAGGCUCGCUUCCUUGAGCCUGAAGCAUUCCUCCUUUCCGACCUACUGGACGAUGCCGAGGCAUCCGACGAUCCCAACGAACCAGAUGUCGUGUCAAUCGAGGCCUCAAGUAGUAACGGCACACAGCAUGGUCAUACUGCCACCACACCAACCAAAAUCUGCAAGUACCCGGCUCUUACCGACAGCCGCGAGAGCUGCGAGGUCAUGCUAACCAAUCAGGACCAACCGACACUCUGUAGUCUAGCUACCAUUGAUUGGGUCCUACCAGAUAACAUGCAUAUCGACUACAACACCCUGCCCCUGCUUCGCAGUAUCUCUUAUGCUAACCUUGUUCUGCCUUCCAAUAAUGCUCCCCGCGCCGUUGGCAGGCUAUCGAUGUAUGCUGAUUCCAUUCGCCUUCUAUCGGAUCCUAACGCGUGGCUGGACGAUGUUUGCAUCAACGGUUGUGCGAGUUUAUUACAGAACUUCCUCUCGGCUCCCCAGCUUCCAUCAUCCGAGGCAUCGAAGGCAUGCGCUAUAUUUAGCACACAUGACCUUGUUCGACUACGACAAAACACGCCAGACGAUUACUUUUGGCGUCAGGUAAAGACCACCGAAUACUGGAAGAAGACCACUUGGAUCGUCCCCAUCCAUCCUUUGGCCAACGUCAAUCUUGGGCUCGAGACGUAG